AUGGAUGCAAAGAAUGCUUUGACUACCAUCUUCUGCGGCUCUGCCUUUGGCGCUGCCUUGACGGCGGCCGGGAUGCACAGGCCCGAAGUCAUUCUCUCGCAGCUAACCCUGAGCAACUUUCAUAUGCUGGAGUCGUUCCUGACGGCUGCGGCGGGCAGCACUGCCGUGGUGACACUAUUGCAGCAUCUAAAGAUUAUCAACAUGAGUCCUCGAAGCUACUCGUCGAUCGGUCUAUUCGGCAUCAUGGACGGUAAUAUUGUCGGCGGUCUCGUGCUUGGUGCUGGUAUGGCACUUGCUGGAUCAUGCCCUGGAACAGUCUUUGCCCAGGUCGGCGCCGGAAUCGAGUCUGGCCUGUACACUCUGUCAGGACUGGUCGUUGGAGGAAUUCUCUGGACCGGUAUUCUGAAGCCAUAUCUAUCAAAGUCCUCCAGCAGGAAAAGCGAAACGACGCCGCCGACAUCACUCGACAAACGACUCGGAAUCAGCGAUUUGGGAGUGGUGGCGGCCAUCGAGUUGGUCUUUGUCUCGACUGUUGUCAUUGCAGUGGCUGCAAAAGCUGAUACUUCUCGGGGCAUUGUACAUCCAGUCACUGGCGGUUUAAUGAUUGCUGGAUCUCAGUUGCUCUCUGCAACACUUCGGAAAGCGCUUCUUGGUACCUCUACGGCAUUCGAAGAGGUUGGGAAAUGUUUCUGGUCCGUGGCAAAAGGUGGAAAGAGUUCAGGGGACGCUCUGUCGUUUCCGACCGUUGUGUUUGUUGCUGGUGUGACCCUGGGCGCCCGCAUCAUCUCAUCAUUGUAUCCUGUAGCCCCAGGCAUGAGUACGAUGGAUGCAGAUCCCCUCAGAGUAGUAGGAGGUGGCAUCUUGCUUGCAAUAGGGUCAAGGAUGGCGGGCGGGUGCACCUCUGGCCACGGCAUCAGCGGUACGUCAUUACUGUCCGUAUCUUCAUACGUGACCGUGGCGGCAAUGUUUGCUGGAGCGAUUGGGACUGCUUUGGCUUUGUACGGAUUCAAUUGA